AUGGAUGUUUUUAACCGACUCAGGGACCGGGCUGGGCAGGCAGGGGAACGGGGCGCCCAAGCCUCGGAUGUUGGUGGUAUCGAUAUGGUCCCGGCCGACGAUAAGAACCUCGAAGGCAACGCAGUGCCCAAAACCACCAGUACAACAGACAUUGCGCAGAAACCGGAUGAAGAAGCCCCGGCUGAAGAUGCACAAGCUGGUGUCCAGGCCAUGGAGGCUACUUCCAUAGUCUGGUCCAGGAGGUCUCUGGCCUGCGCCUUUGUCGGCAUGUGGUUGGUAUACCUGUUGAAUGCCUUCCAAGGCUCGACCAUCGGCAACUUUGCGCCAUAUGUCACGAGCGCCUGGGACUCUCACUCGCUCCUAACUGUCAUUGGCGUCGUCUCAAGCUCCAUGACUGCCGCAGUUUUCAUUCCUUUGGCCAAGGCUCUGGACGUCUGGGGCCGCGCCGAGGGUUAUCUGACCAUGGUCGGCUUCUGCGAGCUUGGUCUCAUCCUCAUGGCCGUCAGUCACAACCUGUCAACCUACUGUGCUGCCAACGUCUUCUACAGCGUUGGUUUCACCGGUCUCAUCUACACCAUCGACGUCGUCACCGCUGAUGCCACCGCACUGAGGACUCGAGCUCUGGCCUACGCCUUCACCUCGUCCCCCUAUAUGAUCUCGGCCUUUGCUGGGUCAUAUGCUUCCGAUCGUAUGCUCGCCGACAUAGGUUGGUCCUGGGGUUACGCCACCUAUGCCUUUAUCACGCCUGUUGUCUGCGCACCCUUGUAUUUCGUGUUGGUCUACAACCUCCGCAAGGCUAAGAAGCAGGGUCUGCUGAAGGAGAGAAAGGCAAGCGGCCGGACCUUGACGGAGAGUAUAUGGUAUUACACCAAAGAAUUCGAUGUUCUCGGUGUGUUCCUGUUCGCCGCCGGCCUGAUCAUUUUCCUCCUCCCUUUCAACAUUGCGUCCAUUGCUCCUGAUGGCUGGGCAACGGGUUACAUUAUUGCCAUGAUUGUGGUUGGAUUCGUCCUCAUAGUGACCUUUGUCCUCAACGAGCUCUUCCUAGCGCCGGUUCCCUUCAUGAAGUUCAACUUUUUAUCCGACCGGACACUCAUGGGCGCAUGUCUUCUGGACUUUGUCUAUCAGAUAUCCUAUUACUGCUGGAACAGCUACUUUACUUCCUUCCUCCAGGUGGUCAAUUACCUCACCGUUGCAGAGGCCGGCUACGUCAACAAUACCUUCAGCGUCGUGUCUGGUUUCCUCCUCUUCUGUGUCGGCUACGGGAUCCGCAAGACGGGAUACUUCAAGUGGCUCUUGUGGAUUGCUGUCCCGCUUUAUAUUUUUGCUCAAGGUCUGAUGAUCUAUUUCCGGAACCCGGACCCAUACGUUGGUUACAUCGUCAUGACCCAGAUCUUUAUCUCUAUUGGCGGUGCCGUCUUUAUCAUAUGCUGUCAGGUCGCUGUUCUGGCUGCUGUCGAUCACCAAUACGUCGCCGCGGCCCUUGCUUUGCUCAACGUCACUGGAACCGUGGGCGACUCGAUUGGUUACACUAUUUCGGGCGCAAUUUGGACAAACGUCUUCGAGAAGGCUCUAGAGAGGUAUCUUCCGGCGUCCGCGCUACCAGACUUGUCCGACAUAUACAACGACUUUGACACCCAACUCAGCUACCCCAAGGGCUCCGCUACCCGUACUGGUAUUCAGAAAGCCUAUGCUUAUGCUCAAACUCGCAUGCUUGCUGCUGGAACUUCCUUUAUGGCUUUGGCCUUUGUUGCAGUAUUCAUGAUAAGGAACCUCAAUGUCGGCAAGAUCAAGCAGACCAAGGGCAACGUGUGGUGA